AUGCAAAGAAGAAUGGAGAGGGAAAAUUGCUCUUCCUUUUCUGAAUUCAUAUUAAUGGGAAUUACCAACAACUCUGAGGUAAAAGUAAUUCUGUUUACAAUAUUUCUGCUGGUCUAUCUCAUCAACCUUGUGGGAAAUCUUGGAAUGAUUUUUUUAAUUAAAGUGGAUCCCCAGCUUCAAACUCCUAUGUACUUUUUCCUCAGUAACCUCUCUUUCUGUGACCUCUGCUAUUCCACGGCAGUUGGGCCCAAGAUGCUAAUGGACAUAUUUGGCAAUGACAAGUCAAUUCCUUUUUUUGGCUGUGCCCUGCAAUUCUUCAUUUCCUGUACAUUUGUGGAUUCUGAAUGCAUACUGCUGGCUGUGAUGGCCUUUGACCGGUAUCAAGCCAUCAACAACCCCUUACUCUACACAGUGAACAUGUCUAACAGGCUCUGCUCCUUGCUCAUGACUGGGGUUUAUCUUUUAGGUGUGGCAGACUCUUUAAUACAUACAACAUUGACAUUCCGUUUAUGUUUCUGUGGGUCUAAUGAAAUAGAUCAUUUCUUUUGUGAUAUCCCUCCAAUCUUACUACUCUCUUGCUCAGACACACAAGUCAAUGAAUUAGCAAUAUUCACAAUUUUUGGGUUUAUUGAGCUGAGCACCAUCUCAGGAGUCCUUGUCUCCUAUUGUUACAUCAUCUCAUCAGUCUUGAAGAUCCACUCUGCUGAGGGGAGGUUCAAAGCUUUCUCCACCUGUGCCUCUCACCUGACUGCAGUUGCAAUUUUCCAAGGAACUGUGCUCUUCAUGUAUUUCAGGCCAAGUUCUUCUUAUUCCCUGGAUCAAGACAAAAUGAGCUCACUGUUUUAUAUCCUUGUGAUUCCCAUGCUGAACCCUCUGAUUUAUAGCCUGAGGAACAAGGAUGUGAAAGAAGCUCUGAAUAAACUGAAAAAUAAAAUAUGCUUUUAAAAACCUA